CUGUUAAUAGCCACAUCCCUAAUGAGUGCCUAGCUGCACAGUGCCUGACACACAGUAAAACCUCAAUAACAAGGGCUGAAUGAUUAAAUGAGAGUUAUUAUGAUCAAGUAGCAUAUUGCUUCACUCCUAUGAACUGAAUGGUCUUUGAAAAUUAAGAAGAAAUAUACACCCAGAUUUCCUCACACGCUGCUCUGCCCAGGAGGAGAGCAUUUUAGGUGACGGCAAGGGCAGAACUUACCAGGCAGGGAACGUCUCCCUAGAGGGCAGUUCCCCUGUUGAGAAAGAAGACAUUAUCGACGUCACCCAAGAUGAAAAGAGGGAAGAAACAGCUUUUUAGGUGCACACUUCCAAUGCUGAUGACAGGUGGAUCUCACAACUCCAAAGAGAAAGGGCCAGAGGCUCCUCUCAGCCAGCCACAGCACCAAGCCUGCCUGGGGAGGAAGCAGGGAAACCAACAUCACUUCCUGAACCUGGCUUUCUGCCCAAGACUGGUGAAGACUGGGCCACUCCAUGCUCCACUCCUAGGGCUGGACCUCCUGAGGACUCCCUCUCUGAGUCUGCCCAGGAGGUUCCUAAGUCCUGGCAUCCAGAGCCUCAGUCCUCUGCAGCAGAAAUUUUUCACCCUGCUGAGGGCAGAGGAGGGACCUCCGGUUCAUUCUGGGUGCGUGCCCCACUGAAGAGGGUAGGAGGGAUUCCAGAAGCCCCUCGACUUCUUUACAGAGCUCUCAGCAAUUGCCUGGGAAGCCAAGCGAUGGAUCCAAACUCUAUCUUGAUUUCUUCUCAGUCUGGGACCUGCUCCCACCUGGCGGAACUCUGUGUGGAAGGUGAGAGAAGCCCAGCCUCCCAAGAGCUGGAGAAAGACUCCCCCUUUCCCUGGGGCCAGGCCUCCAGUUCUAGCCUCACUGAUACCAACUGGUUUGGGGAUGAGCACAUCCAGGCCAAGAGGGCGAGAGUGGAGACCAUCGUCCAAGGCAUAUGUCUCUCUCCCAACCCCCUGGUGCCAGGCAAUGCCCAAGCCAGGGACAGCCCAUGCUGCCCAGAGAAGCGAAAGAGAAAGCAGAGUCUCCCCAUGCAGCAAGGCCCCCUGAAGCCAGGCCCUGCCUGGGGCAACAGGAAGGGGGGUCCUGGGGUGAGAGAACAACUCCAUUGGCUCAAGCAACAGCUGAGACAUCUGCAACAGCACAUCCUGCAGGCUGCCGAGCCCAGGGCUGCAGCUCAGGGCCCCAGAGGCUCUGAGCAGGGGCAAGGCCCCCUGAGAGAGAAGCAGAGGAACAGCUGUGAGUCUAACCCCUGGGCUGCUGACAGUGACCGCCAUCAGGAUUCUAGUGCGUACCUCUGUGGGGCAGAAAAACACAGAGUGUCUGAGCCUGAACACCAGUCUGAGGAGCUCAGGUUCCUUUCUUCUGGAACACAAGCUUUGUUGGAGAUUCUGAGGAAAGAACUGACCAGGGCAGUGUCCCAGGCUGUGGACUCUGUUUUACAAAAGGUGCUUUUGAAUCCACCAGGCCACCUGACCCAGCAGGGCAGAAGUUUCCAGAGACUAGUGCCAGAGGGCGGAAGUGAGCCCUCGCCUCCUGUGGGAGGGACCUAUAAAGAUCUACUUACUCUGGCCACCUUGCCCAGAAGGACCCAGCCACAAGUUGGGGUCCCUGUAGGAAACUUACCACUAGUCAAGCCUCUAGAUUCUCCGAGGUACCCUGUCUCACCAAGAAUCUCCAAACCCUAUCAGGGUCCCGUAACAAAUUAUCCCUUGGCUAUUCCUUCCCACGUCCAGGAAAAUCAGAUUCUUAGCCAGCUAUUGGGUCGUGGACCCAAUGGUCAUUGGAGCGACAAUCCUCCGCUGGACUCAUCUUCACAAAGUCACCCCUCUAUAGAGUCUGCUCUGCAACCUUGGGUCUGGAGCCAGCAGCUGUGCCCGCUGCCUUUCACCACAGUGCCCCAUCUGGAGAGCCGGCCCCUCCUUCCCUCCGUGAAGACGGAGCACAGCAGCCUGGAGGCUGUCACAGAUGCAACUCCCUUCUCUUCCGUAUAAAUCCAGGAAGGACUGAACCCUGGUCACUUGAAGAAGGCCAAACUCAUGUUCUUCUUCACAAGGUACCCCAGCUCCAGCCUCCUGAAGGCUUAUUUCCCCGAUGUCCAGUUCAACCGCUGCAUCACCUCUCAGAUGAUCAAGUGGUUCAGCAACUUUCGUGAGUUUUAUUACAUCCAAAUGGAAAAAUUUGCCCGUCAAGCAGUUUCAGAUGGUGUCACAAAUCCCAAAGUGCUGGUGGUUCUCCGUGAUUCAGAACUUUUUCGAGCCCUCAAUAUGCACUAUAACAAGGGAAAUGACUUUGAGGUCCCAGAUUGCUUCUUGGAAAUUGCCAGCGUGACAUUGCAAGAGUUCUUCAGGGCUGUCUCCACAGGGAGAGAUUCAGAUCCUUCCUGGAAGAAACCCAUUUAUAAAAUUAUUUCAAAACUGGACAGUGACAUCCCAGAGAUAUUCAAAUCAUCCAGGUAUCCCCAGGAGGUGUUUCGGAGUUAAAGUCAAACAAAAUGAGGAGUGACUGGCCAGAGUUUCCUGAGUUUGUCUUAAAUGGUAACCGUUUAGCUAUAGUCAUAUAAAAUGGGCACAUGAACUCCCUGCCCUUGAAUAAGUACUAUUACCAUUCUGAUCACUUAUUUCCUUUCUAGAAUCAUAAAAUAUUUAAACUUAAUUAUAAAAUAUAUCAACUGAGUAUAUCAAUGUAUCAGUAGUAUAUUGUAAAAAAAAACACAAGUUUGGAAUAGGAAGACUUGAAUCUCAAUCCACUGUUGCCAGGUGUUGAGACUGACAACUUCCUGUUAGCUCUGCAUCUGUAAAAUAAGGUUGUAAGAAUUAAAGAUACUAUGUCCUGAAGUGUUCUGUGACACGUGACACAAAAGCUAUUUUCCCUCUCUUCCUCUAGCUAUCAUGGUAUUUGGGGCUUUUACAAAUGACUAUUUUCAUUUUACUUACCUGUUUCUCAAGCUCCACCUAUCUGCCAGACACUGUCACAUUCAUUAAACUUCUGCCCUGAAAAGCAGCUAUUAUCCAAACAGAACCUUGAGCAAACCAAGGUUUUUGAACUAUGAAGUAACUUCCCAAAUGUUGUAAGGCCAGGACACUUGGGUUGGUAGACCUGGUCAGGAACACGGAGGAACCCAAGACAUUCUGAGCAAGGCUGCAUGCUACUCUACACUGUCACUCAGGAUCUCAAACAGGAAACCACCACUAGAGCAAGCAUUCAGCACUGAUAUGGCACUGACAACGCUGCCUGGUACUCCACCUCACAGGUGAUGAAUAGCAAAACUGGGAUAAAUACAGAAAUGGAAAUUCUCCAAUUCCAAAAGAAAUUACAGUCCGUGGAUAAACUUCCACAGGUGAAGCAAUUUGUGAAAUCCACACUUUCUUCCUCCCUUCUAGCCCAACACAAACUGUGACUCACUCUGAACAAAUGGGCAAGAGACCUGCAAAGCUGAGUAACUGCAUCUCUCUUCUUAACUAGUCGGAAUGAAGCCUGUAAACGUGGCCAAAGGCAUGCAGGGUAGAGUGGGAUAAUAAUUGGCUUGGGCUUUUUAGUCCUGAGAGAUGUCUGUGACUGCACUAGCUUCCUUCCUUCCCAUCUACACAGAACAAAUUCCAUUGUGCAGCUACUCCACUUCCAUAACUUAGAGGGUGAGGCGCUAGCUGGAACGGAUAACUCCCUAAACUAUUGCUAGAUACUCAGCACAAAAAAGAUGAUACAACAGCACAAAAAAGAUGAAAGAUGACUUUCCUUUGAAUUUUCUCUUACUUCAAACAGCUGAGAGAAGAAACAAAACAUACACAGCCUAAACCAAGACUUGUAGGUCAUUUUUGGUUUUUGGUGCUGGGGAUAGAACCCAGGGCCUCCUGCAUGCCUAAGCAUGUGCUCCACCACCCAACUACAGCCCUAGCUAAGGGUUAUUUUUAAGUGUCCUUCAAGACAUCCAAAUAUUCAGACACACUUUACCCCAUUUUCUCCUCAUUUUUAUCAAAAUGAAGGAAUCUGCUCAAACCAAAAUUCAGAUAGCGGCAAUUAUUGAUUACCUCGGUCAAGGGCUAUCAAUUCUGUUUGGACACAGAAGAAUCCACUGUCCAGAGAGGCAUCACAUGAUUAUUGAAGAAAUCCAUGGAAAGCAACUCCAAGUUGACAUGAUUGUCCAGUAUGGAGCAGCUGUCCCAAACCUGAAACUCAUUAGUAUGUUUUACAAGCUGAGCCAAGCCACCUCAAGGGCUGUCAACCUUGUUCUGAGGACCGAUUAGAUGAAAUAUGUAAGCUCAAAUUGAAAACAUUCAUGUCCUGCAGCCUUUCCAGGAAGUGUUCUCUGACCACUGAGCUAAACACAGAAGAAUGUAUAAAUACGUGCACUCUGCCAACAGAGGAAUUCCAUUUUAUUAGUUUUCUGUUUCUACCAAGUACAUCUCUUUCAGUGUUGGGAAUACAGUCUGGGUGUAAGUGGAGCUGGUUAUUAUGUUCCUUCAGCAGUCAUAACACUGCCAAAGGUCUGGUCCAUUUUUCCAUUAAGGUGUAUGUGGGUGCUAUUUUCUCCCAAAUGAGACAUGUUCAUACUCUGGUCAAGUACUGCAUAAUUGUCUUUCAAUGGUGGAUGACAGGCCUGUACUGUGGUGUGUGAUGACAACACCUCUGAGAGAAUGCCUAAUUAAAGAUGAAAAGCAGGCUGUUAAUUAGCAUUCAGUACAGAAGAUUCAUUUGGAAACUUUAUUUUAAACAUGGUUUCACACAGUGCACACAACUCCAAACUCAACUCAAACGGUGAGAGGCAUUUCCUGGACCUAUCAGGGGUGCCUAUGUGAUUUUUUCCUUCCCCAUCAAAGAAAGGUCAAAGCAUGAAUAGCAAACAACACUAUUAUAAAGUUCUACACCCCAGUCCCAUUAAGGAAGUUCGCUUUUAAAACAUUUUCAAUGAAAAAUAUACAAUCCUCAAAAAAAAAUUAAAAAGCACUCCUAUAAUCUAAUUUUAUACAUGUCUCUUUUAAAAAUAUUUCUUCAAAAAUCCUUUAAAAAUGGCUGAAGUUUUGGUAAUCAGUUUCCUGUGAAUUUUCAUAAUCAUUGGUCUAGCACUUUUAUACUUUUGACUAUUUACUCUGUAAAGCAGUUGGAAGAUAUAAAACAAAUUUUAAAAAUCCUUAGAUGAUUUUAUAAAGAUUCUCUUAAGUAUAUACAUAGAUCUUACAUAAUGCAAGAUCAUUUUCUCAGUACUGCGAAAAUCAGAAAAAGACAAGAAAAUACAAUGAUGGUUCGAAAAUAGAUAAAGAACACUUUAGCUGAAAUAAGUUAUACCUCUAUCAGGCUGAUGAUUAAAUUAUGUAAUUUGAAUUUGGUAAGUGCUCUACAAUUAUUUUUUUUUUGGGGGGGGGUAGGGAUCAAACCUAGGGCAUCAUGCAUGCUAAGCAUGUGCUCUACCACUGACCACUGAGCUAUGCCCCCCAACCAAUGCCCCAUAAUUCUUAAUUGUUUUGGCCUUGAUGCUUUGGAGAGAAAGAUACGCUUGUGAUACUAUGACAAAUAUAGUGCCUCUCACAAAAGUAUCAAAACCUUCUUGGUGAGAUUUCCCAUAAGUACACAGUAAUACAUCUCUAAAGAAUGGGCUCUGGGCUGGGGAUGUGGCUCAAGCGGUAGUGCGCUCGCCUGGCAUGCGUGCGGCCCGAGUUCGAUCCUCAGCACCACAUACAAAGAUGUUGUGUCUGCCGAAAACUAAAAAAUAAAUAUUAAAAUUCUCUCUCUCUGUCUCUCUUUAAAAAAAAAAUAAACAAUGGGCUCUGAUGACCUAUUUGAGAGUAUUACUAAAGCAUGCUUAUAUCUCUCAGGCUGAUCAUGGUACCUUCACUUACAGAUUUAUUAAGUGGUCACCUGUGGAAGAUGAUGAUUCAUAUAGAGUAUUUUCCAAGAUUAGACAAUUCCUAUAAAGUUCUACACCCCAGUCCCAUUAAGGAAAAGCUACACAAACCUUCACCAAGUGCC